CAGAAAAUGUGUAUUUCAUAUGUUUAUGUGACGUAUCGUCAUUUGUUUGUGUGCUCAAAAGCCGUCUUUAUUUUGUCAAAAAGGUGCCCUUGCAUGUUGAGAUGAAGCAGUUGGUUAAAACAAACAAACAAAACAUGACAGUACGACCGUGUCUUGUUCUCCUGCUGCUCUUCCUUCUUUUAUCUCAAGCAGUAAUCAGCAAAAGUUACUACGAAACACUCAACGUGGAGCAGACGGCAAGUGAGAGGCAGAUAAAAAAGGCUUACCGCAAACUUGCCCUUAAAUACCACCCUGAUAAAACCAGAAGCGCCGACGCAGAGACGAUUUUCAGGGAGAUUGUCGAAGCGUACACUCUGCUCUGUGAUACAGAGAAAAGGAGGCUUUAUGACAAGUUGGGCCAUGAUGGCUUCCUGAGCAACAACGUCUUGUUGGAGUCCGUAAAUGAAGACGAGAGCGGCUGCCUCUUCUGUUUUGGGGACCUGGAGGACAUAUUUACUGAUAGUUUUACAGAGGAGCUGCACUUCUACGAGGAUUGAGGACAAAGAAUCGCUUCAUAUAUAACAUGUACUGUACGUUCAUAAUAAAGUCUUGUGUUUUAUCUUCAGUCUCCGUAGUGUGUGUUAUGUUUUAUUGCAUAUGUUGUAAAUUCAACACUUCUUUACAGAU